AUGGGGCGCCCUCGGUUCUUCAACUCGAAGGGCGGCAAAUCGGGUCUCGGAUCAAUUGUUUGGCCAGCCGCAAUAAGGGAAGUGAAUUUGCUCAACCGCUGUACUCGGCAGUUCCUGUUUUUCAUCUUGCUGAUGACCCAAAUCUGUGGGGUCACCACUUUCGUCUACAGCUCGAAAGAGCAAUGUUUUCGACAAUCCUACAGUCUGCGACUAUACUCCGGUUUAAUAUUUUGCGUGGUGUCUCUAUUCCUCGUCACAAACAUAAGUAACAUGUUGGAAUAUAUUGAAAAAAUGUGGCCAUAUUUUAUGGGCUGCAUUGUAAUGCUGGUAGUUCGAGCUCAAGGUUUUAUGGAAAGUCAGGAAAUUGUAGAUCUACUCAAUCAAAUUAUAGAAGUGGAAAAACAGGUCAAAGGAAUGGCCAGGCAACCGAAUAUUUUCCGACUGAGACACCUACUGCUACUUCUUUUGGCUUUACAGCAUUUGCUGAGAUCCCUUAACAUGAUACUUGGAAUUCGAACAUAUUCAUUUGAUGCAUAUGAUACUAUCGCCAAUGGAUUUUUGCUGCUGGUUUGCUUGGGAGUCUUUUUGAGCUUUCUCCUCCAUAUCACAAUUAAUAUUUGCCUGUUUGUCGUUCUGAUUGCUUGCUUUAGCGAACUGCAUCGAUGCACUCAAAGAAUUUCAAAAGAUAUGGAUAAAUUAAAGCAAACACAAGUCCUUCAGAGCGGACAAUUUCUGGUUUUGGCAGAACAACUUCAUAAGAACACUGAAAGAUUGAUUCGACUGCGUUUUAAAGUAUUUCAACUGACCCUGAGGAUCAUAAAACAUUUUCGAUUUCAUUGGCUAUGUGCUAUUAUUUACGGGUUACUGCCUUUUCUGUGCCGUAGUGCAACCGAUCGAAAUGUUUUUUAUUACCUAACCAUUUCUGCUUUGAACAUAGUGUUUCAGUUUAAAAUAUUUGAUAUACUGUCUGGCAAAUCACGGUUAACGAGAAGAUUUUACAGUUUUCACAUGAGCAAUUACCACAAGAAAACCGAAAGAAAUAUUGACGAAUUACUUACACAGGAAAUUCUGGAACGCACCAGGGUCACCAUAUAUGGCAUUACACUGGACACGAAGUUCCUGUUCAAACUGCUGUUCACCUGCUCCUUUUGGGUGAUUGUCAACCGGCAAGGAUAG